GCACUCGAACCCCGCCUGUGCUCGGCGUACCGAGAGAGCUCAGGCAUGCCACCUGUCCCGACCGGCAACGUUGUUGCCCGGGCCGAAAUUCGCUUCGCUACUUGAGGGAAUCAAAGUUGCUGCAAUGGAGACUUCGGUGAGUGAUGCAGCUCUCACAUACUUGGGGGAAGCCGAAGACAGAGACGGAUGUUGUGAUCUGGAACAUCUGCCUCCGCUGCUGGAGGACGAGGAGAAUGUGUCUCUGGCAGACAUCCUUUCUUUGCGGGACAGCUGUUUGUGUGAGGAGGAGGUGUGGGCGGUGUGUGCAGAGUGUGUUCUGGCCCUCCAGAGCAUUAGACCCUCCCACCUCUUCCAUACCCUGUGUAUAACGCCAGACACACUGGCCUUCAAUGCCCAUGGGAAUGUUUGUUUCAUGGAGCAGCUCAGUGACGAUCCAGAAGGCUCCUUUGUGCCUCCUGAGUUUGACAACACAGGCAGCACGUUUGAGGGCCAUGUUUACUCUCUGGGCUCUACGCUCUCUGCCGCAUUGAACUUUGUCAUUGAGCCAGAGCUAGAGGCUGAGCUGGGAGAAGAAAUCCAGAAGCUGCUGGAGCAGAUGCAAGAGGAGAAGCCUGAGGACAGGCCGCUCCUGCAGGACAUUGUGUCUCUGGCUGAGGCACGGCUGUCUGAUACCUCCUCUGCAGCUGUGUGCCGGAAACUGUCUUCUAUUGGGCGACGGGUGCUUUCCAUUGAAUCAGUUUCAACAUUUCAAGAUGGACAGGAAGGCUCCUGGGAGGCAAGAUGGCAGCAUCCAAAACCCAGAUGUCUGCUUAGAAGACUGAGCUCAGAUGACAAUACCAAAGACCUGUGCAGUGACAGUUCUGUUAAGUCAAAUGGUCUGUCCAGGCAGCAGGUGUGCGGAGGCUGGGAUUUCUUUUUCUGGGCUGAGGAUAUGGACAGCAAUGAAGGAGAUGGCAUGAUCUUGGCAGAUGAGAUGGACUGCAGGUCCCACAACAGCUCCCCAGUGAGGAGGAGUGCCCAGCAGAGGCAGAACAGGGUGAGGGGGGCUCUUAACCGGUCCUGCUCUGUCCCGGACUCCAACAACCCCCCCUGUCCCCCCCCCCCAACACAUGGAGAUAUCAAUAUACCAGUGUCCGACCUCACUGAGAUAGGAGCAGAUGAACACCUGAGCUGCAAGUCUGUGUGGAGUAACAGACUUCAAAGACUCAACCGGGGCAAGUCCUGUGAAUCUUACCCACACGGUAGCAUUGAGGGUUAUGUUGAUUCCGUUGUGGACAACCAAGUGUCAGAAGAAAACAAGGAUGCUGCAGAGACUUUAUGCAGUGGAGAAACAAAUAGUCAAGAGUGCCAUGACAGUGAAUCUAAGGACUGUAUCCAGGACUUAGCUUCCUCCUGUACUUCCUGUCAGGACCUGGAAAUGGAACAGGACUCUUCUAGGGACCAGAGCCCAUUGAACCACAGCCUCUACAGCCCUGAUAACUACAUGACCAAAAGCAUGCUGUGCCUGAAUGAAGAAUUUCAGGAUGAGUGGAUCUCUCUAAGAGAGUUGCUUACUCGUUGUGGACGGAGGCUGACGGUUAAUGAGCUGUGGGCUCUGUGUUACACCUGUCUGUCCUCACUGCAGACCUACAUCGACUUUCCAGCCUAUUUAUGCCUAGACACAGUGUACAUGGGCUGCGAGGGAGACGUGCUUUUCUUGAAACCUAAAAAUAUAGGACCUCGAGAUGAAUUCUAUCUUGCUCCUGAAUAUCAAGAGCAUGGCAUUGUGACUGAAAAGGUUUGUGUGUAUGGGGUCGCUGCUAUUCUCUGGGCUACAGCCAAGUUCGGUUUAUCACCUAAUCAAAAACUGGCGAUGCCCCGCAAACUGAAGAGGCUGCUCCUGGAGAUGGCCAAGAGGACGCCCCUUGAAAGACCUACCAUCAUUAUGGCUAAAAAAAGCUGUCGUGACUACUUAUCAAGUCAAGGGACAAAUGCUGAGACUGUGUGGAACAACCUCAUCAGCAGAGUUCACCCGCCAGUCCCAGAAUCCAAUGAGGCAGAAGAUUUGAGUGCAACCAAAACUCAUCACAGCUCAUGUGAAGAGUCUGAACAAAACAACAGUGGCUUUGUGCCCAUGGCCACUGAGAGCCGACUGGCUCCUGUGACUGGCCCUGUUCCCCACAGCUAUCCACUCAGCAAGGGACUCCAACUCCCAGAAGCCUUCACUUCCAUUGCCACACACUUCACCCCCAUCAUCCUGACCAAUAGUGAGGACUCAGAGAAGGAGAGCCAAAACCUUGGAGCUGCCCUUGAAGGGACUGUGGAUGAAUUCACAAAAACCAGUGAACACGUCAAGAAAAGGGAUGUUGUUUUCACUUUGCACUCUGAGUACCCAAAUCCUGCACAGACUGAACCCAGUCUACAUACAGAGGAGUUGCCUGUUAAUCCGGCAGUCAUAACUACAACUUGUACAACUCUCAGCGACAAGUUACUGGUCAACUCCUCUUCUACUCUCCCUGAUAUUUCCUGUCUUGGAGUGUCUCUUCCUCCACCAUUAUCAACUAACCUCAAUGGUUGUGGUGUCUUCAACAAUUACCUCUUCCAUCAGGAUCCCACAACAGGGCAUCUUUCUUUAAUGCCUGUGCAGGUCAGGGCUCCCGAGUCUCUCCUCGGGUUGGAUAUUAAUCUCUCCCUGGUCCCACAGCGUUUGCAAGGACUAAUCACAGUUCCACAGAAAAGUGAAGGUCUGUUUAUUAACUGUCUGAAUGUGCCUGUGAGGCCUGAACCCCAGGAAAAUGGCCCCCCAUUAUAUAUCAAUGGUAGCUCCAUCAUUUCUGACAGCCCCCUGGAGCACAGUGUGCCCAGAGCUUACAAUGAACAUACAAAUCCAGGAACGCAAAGUGAAAACCAGUCUCCUUCAGAGUCCAUCUCCCCCAAAGUCCACCCUGCCUUACAGGAGGUGAUUGACCUGCUCAAGGGAGAGUUUUCACUCAAUGGGUAUUUGGAUAAUGGACAUGAGGACAUCGCCAUGGGGGAGUACAUCUUCGCUUUGAAGGACCUCCAGUACCACGUGUUUGCCAGUGUUGUGAAGGAGAGGUUCAGUGAUCUGUACUGGGAAGACGACUUGCUGGGUGUUUUACACUGCCUGGUCACCUACAGCCCAUCCACGCACGGCUCUAACGAGCAGCCUCCAUCAGAGGCUGUGAAAAGGGCAGCCCUUACCCCACCCUUGAUAGCAACUGCCUGGAGAGGGAAAAGAGAAGUUCUCCUACACAGCCAUCUUGAUGUGAAUGGAAACAUUCACCCUUCCAGUCCUGCUGCUCUGGAUUCUUUGGAAGAAACCGAGGCCCAGUCCUGUCAUGUAGAAAACGGGACUGCACUUGAAGAUUCUGAACUAAGAUCGCAGAGCAGUCAACACUGUACCAGUCAAGGUGUGAGCAUGGACGAUUCAGACGCAGGGGUCAUGGAGGGAGGAGAUCAUUCAGUUGGGGGCAGCGAUGAAAGCCCCUCUGAAGCUGAGUUUAUAUUGGGGAGAGAGGAAGGGCUGGCAGGAGCCCACAACGAGCAGACGAGCCCCGACUGCUCAGAGGACAUGGAAGACAGUGACUCCCUGGUGUCAGAGCGACUCUUCUCGCCUGGAUCCAAAGCAGAGGGACUGGGCCUCGGCUUAGGCCCGGCCUGGGCCUUGGCCUUUUUUGGAGAAGAUUGUUUUAGUUCGGAGGUGAUACAGUAUGCAAUGAAUCUGGGACAGCACACAGGAUCGCCGCAUCUAGAUGUGAAAACACAGGAACUGCAGCAGCAGCUGAUAAUUGAAACGAGGAAUCUAAAGAAAACUAGAAAUUUCUACCAGAAGCUGAUUCAACAAGAGAGAAAAAAUAAAGGUUCUGAGAGCAAACUGAUGCUGUCCAAACUCAAGUCCCAGCUUGAGGAACUCAGAUCUAAAGUGGUCUUCUUGGAUUAUGUGAAGAAAUACCUUGAGAUUCUGAGUGUGGACCAGUGGGGUUUGGAGGUUUCCUUAUUACCCUCUUUGGCAGUCUGUGGACCUGGCUCUUUGGCCCUCCAGUCCUCUGAGGACCCUUCUGUUCUUAACUUUGGCACCAGCAAAGGGAAGAGCACUCUGCAGGCUGGGUCUCCUCUGGGCCUCAUGGCUUACCUCUACACCAGAAACGCUGCCGUAGAGGGCUACAUCCAGCAGUUCCUGUAUACCUAUCGUUUCUUCUGCACUCCUGAGCAGUUACUGCAGUUCAUAAUCGAUAAAUUCAUCAGUGCUGCAAGAGAAGGUCCAGACAUGUCGGGAGACAGUGAAAAGAUCUUCCAUCGCAGUUUGGACCUGCUCCAGUUCUGGGUAACAGACUUUAAAGAGGUGGACUUCACACCAAAGUCCAGCCUUGUGGAGACUCUAGAAAACUUCCUUAAUACUGAGGUAAUUCCUGUAGACAGCCGGGGGGAGGCCCUUCUCGCUUCCUUGGCUCCAAGUACAACUUGGAGCCAAGGAAGAGAAAGCCUAACCAGCAUUGAGGAGGAUGAUGACUCUGCGUGCUUGCAUUCAUCUACUGAGGAUCUCGGCAGAAAGUGGAGGAUCUCAAGAGUGGUGGAGCCCUCUGCAUCCAUGUCUAAGGAGAAUGCCUUCUCCAUUGCUGCAGCUUUGCCUAUGCCUUGCUACGACUCCCUGGUGGAUGACCUCUCCAACGUCUGCCUGCACAGUGAGGAGCGACUCCCGUUCAGCCAGAAUGAAUACAGUGCACAGCAAGUAGCCCAACAGCUCACCCUCCUGCAGCAGGAAAUGUUCCAAGGAUGUCAUCCAAUUAAUUUCCUCAACUCUAGAGUACAAGGAGUCAGGGACAAAGUCUCAAUCCCAAACAAGAAUGUGUCCCAGCACAUCCCGCCAGCAGAUGGCAGCAGUGUGCUUGAAUGUGAGGGGACGCCAUCAGACAGCCACCUCCAGCGGCUCCUCACAUAUGCUGACAAUGUCACUACCUGGAUCUCUUCUGAAAUAGUCAUCUGUGAGUCUGCCAAGACACAAGUUGCCUUGCUGACCAAGUAUCUGUGGAUAGGAAAACACUGCUAUGAAUCGAGGAACUUUGCCACAGCCAUGCAGGUCCUCGGAGGUCUGGAGAACGUGAUUGUCAGGCAAUUACCAGCUUGGAAACAUCUGUCUUCCAAAGUGUUUGAGAUCCUGGAGGAGCUACGAGCUGUGCAGGUGUUUCUGAAGAGUGACGACCUGUGUCUGAUGGGGGCAGAACACUCGAGGAGGAGGCCCACCCUGCCGUCAGCGCGCAUCCUGGCCAUGCACAUCCAGCAGCUGGAGAUUGGCGCCUUGACGCUCACCACCGGAGCCUACAAGUGGACCAAGCUCAGGAGCAUAGCAAAGGUUGUGAGUCAGGUCCACGCCUUCCAGGAGGCAGUUUACUCCUACAGCCCGGACCGGGAGCUGCAGGCCUACCUUCGGCGCCGCAUCGCCCGGCUCGCCACCUCUGACAUCCACCUCUUGGCCAGCAACAGCGAUGCCAACUUCCAGCAGUCCAGCGAGCGACAAGCACGGAGAAUCCAGGACACGCUGAGGAGGGUGAAGGCCAACUUCCAGUGAGUCCUGGCCCAGUCAAAUCUCAUAGCCCUGAGUGAGUCGCCACCAACAGGUCAACAUCCCAUGUCCAAGUCGGAUUGAGGCUCCAUGGCCCAGGCACGACCCUCAGAUGCGUCUGUCAUCCUGUCAGCAGAACCUUGUAGACUGGAAAACCUUUUCUGCUUUCGUACGAAUAUUUGUCAAACGCCCCUUAACUUCAGUCAGUAAUAUCAGCUUAGACUCCAAGGCAAACUUUAUUUAUAACUAGCACCUUUUAGAUUGCACAGGUUCUGCUGUUGGUCACACAUCUUUUUGAUUUUGUUAUUAGUUUUUCUUCCACAAAGGCACAAAAGUAAUGGCUGGUGUUAGUAAUUUUUAAUAUUUCUUCCUCAGCUGAUACAGUGACAUUUCUUAUCAUUAUUUGUUAACUGACCCUGUAACUUAGCUGUUAUGGUCUCCAACCCCAGGAGCCCCCAAAAGCCACAAGUUCACUGAGUAGCAAUGUGCUAAUAUGAUAAGUUGUAACUUUGUUUUGGGAAUUUGCGCCACUAAAGCGCAUCAGUUGACAUGAUGAGGGUCUUAAGGCAGAAUGGCAUUGUCAGUUUGUUGGUCAGUCAGUUCCCCACAAUGGUCCAGACCGAAAUAUCUUAACAACUACUGAAUGGAUUUCCAUGAAACGCUGAAGGCGAUCGGAAAGCCGGCCAUGUCUGCUGUUGUGGUCCUGUAUUUUUUUUGCAGUCCUAUUUUUUUUUUUUUUCAGCUUCUCCCGGCACUGUGUCGGAUUGUGAUGAAUGUUUAGCUCGCUCAACCGAGACAAAAUUUUCAGGCAAACUUUGUCAUUGCCGGUAGCCAUCUCAAAUUCCCUCUGGACGGUGUCCUCACCAAAAAUGCUCAACAAAGCCUUGACUUUGUCAUGGGUCAUUGUUUGUGAAAUCUCCUCUGCAGCUCCAUUACAGUAUCAUAACUGUUGGUCACAGCUCAGUGAACUACCAGCACGAACAGUGCGUUUGCAGUUGUGGGUUGAAAAAAAAAAAAAGCUCCUGCAGUGGAAAUAAGGCUUAGAGAGGGGCCGAGACACAGUCCUCAAAAUGGGGGGGGGGGGUACAACAGAGUGCAACAUUCAUAAUGUUGCACUCUGUUGUACAUACAAGUGACAUAAGUAGUUCUGCAACAAAUGAAAAAAAGGGGUUCAGUUCAAACCCUGGUUCCUUUCUCACCGCCACACGCCUGGCCAAUAACUGUGAGAAGUGGGCAUGGAUGUUGGAUUGUCCGUUUUGCAAAGUUAUAGAAAUUGUCAGGCACAGCCCCCUCAAUUCUGACGUUGGAAAGGUGUGGAGGGAGGCAGUUUCCCAAGCUGUUCACCCAUCUGUCAGCCAGUUCUGAUGGAAUGUACUGGCGCCUUGUAACCUUAUCUGGAGGCCGUGUCUUAGAAUGUUCUUAUGUCAAGAUAUGACUUUAAGACCUUCAUCAUUUCAUCUGAUAUUGUACGUACAAGGUCCAUAUUCCUAAAUUAGAUUAAAUUAAAUUAACUCAGCACACAGCAAACUAGGAAACUUGUCUUUCCAGCAGAGGAAUACUGUGCACAAUUCACAGAAAGAGGACUCAAUGGGGGGUAAAUAGGGGCCCAGCCACUUUUGCCCAAACUCCCCUGGCAGGUUAAUCCAGCCUUGUCAGACAUUCAAAUACAAUCUAAAUCAUGUUGCUGAAUUGUGUGUGACUUGUAGGAAACAACACAAAAUGAUGCAGAAUGUUUUCAUUUACUGAACAGUUUACUGAUCUUAUAUUCUGCGUAACCUACGACAAGUAGAUCUGUUUGUUUACCAAUUACGAGAUUACCAGAUGAGAUUUAUAUGACUAGAUUGCUGAAUUAAUAUCUAAUAUGAAUUCCAUUUAAACAGCACAAUGUGAAAUAAUUGCAUUUAUUAUUAAUAGUGUGUCUUGAAUGGUAAAAGCCAGACAAGCUUACUGUCAUGACAAUACCUUACCAUUACAGAGAAAAUGAUAGAACAUAAUGAGAUGUCAGUGUGCAGAAUGUUAUUUGAGGAAGGAUGUUCAGACUGUGUCUAUUUUUCUAUUUUCGUGCCCGCCCUCUUUCUUCCAUGGUUUUCUUCUGCCCUGAAACACACCGUGGAGAUGGAAUGUGACAUGCUAUGAAGAUUUGCUUAAUUUAGCCAAAUA